ACUCCAGAGCCUACGACUCCCAAACCUACACCAGAGCCGACCCCUGAGCCGACUCCAGAGCCGACCCCUGAAAGACCGACCCCAUUACCCGGUUUCGUGUGCUCUCUCGAUGACAUCGCGAACACUCAAUGUUUGGGUCCUAAGGACUGUCUAUACCCUCACCCAACAGACUGUAAUAAAUUCAUUCACUGCGAGAUCAAUGCCGAUGGGGUCACCGGUAGACCGACAGUGAAGGACUGUCCCGCAGACCUGGAGUGGAACGACAUCAAGAAACAGUGUGAUUGGCCCGUAAACUCUACCUGUCCUAAACCAACAGAGGCACCACAACCUACAAACCCUCCCUCCACACAAAGCCCAGGAUUUGUCUGUUCCCUCGAUGACAUCUCUAACACUCAAUGUCUGGGCCCUAAGGACUGUCUGUAUCCACACCCGAGUAAUUGCCAUCAAUUCAUUCACUGCGAGGUUAACGCCGAUGGAGUGACCGGUAGGCCUACUGUGAAGGAUUGUCCCGCAGAACUGGAGUGGAACGACAACAAAAAGGAGUGUGAUUGGCCCGUAAACUCUACCUGUCCUAAUAAGCCAACUCAAGCUCCAACUCAACCCCCGACUCAACCCCCCACUCAACCUCCAACCCAACCACCGACUCAGCCCCCAACACAGCCCCCAACAGAGCCUCCCACACAG